UCCUACCAUGUUGACGCAGCUUGCAGUAUUUCUAGCAUCUCUUGUUGUCUUUGGCUACGUCUCGAGAAGGCCGGUUGGAGUCUUAAAAUAUCUCCCCGGCCCACCGUCAAAGUCUUUUUUGCUUGGGAAUCUCUCCGAGCUUUUUGCAUAUAAGGCUGGAGAAGUGGAUUUGAGAUGGACACGUACCUACGGUUCUGCACUACGAUUUAAGGGCUUGUUCGGAGUUGACAGGCUCUUCUUCUCGGAUCCAAAGGCUAUGCAACAUAUUUAUCGGAACGCAGGAGUCGACUAUGUUAAGCCUACAAUACGAAGAGAAGCUGGACGCAUGUUCCUUGGUAGAGGUAUAGCGUGGGCUCAAGGUCCGGAUCACAAGCGGCACAGGAAGAUUCUAUCGCCGGCAUUCGGCGCCGCUGAGAUGAAAGCGCUUAUGCCAAUGUUUCGUACCGUUGUCCGACGGAUGUGUGGUAGAUGGGAAGGAGUUACGUCAGAUGGUCCCUCUGUUAUCAAUGUUACCGACUGGCUGUCGCGCGCAACCCUGGAUAUCAUUGGCGAAGCUGCAUUUGACUAUCAAUUCAAUACUCUGACAGAUGAUUCAAACAAAUUAGCACGCGUUUACAACAAUUUCCUUGUUUCUGCGUUCGGUAUUCCAAAUACAGUCAGUAUUUUCGUACAGCAGACAGUCGCACUCCUUCCCGAUUCCUUCUUCGCUUUGCUGGAUAAAUUGCCAUCGCGAAGUCUGAAGACACUGAGGGAAGUCGCUGAAGAAGGAAGAAUCACAGGUCAGAUAAUACUUGACGAACGUAUGGAUAGCAGUAAGAGGCAGAACCCAAAGGACGUCUUGAGCCUACUUUUAAAGGCGAAUGAAUCUGAGAGUUUGGCGAAUAGACUCUCCGACGAAGAAUUAAUUUCAGAGAUUCGUACGAUUAUGGCAGCUGGGCACGAGACCACAAGCAACUCGAUUUCAUUCCUCUUUUAUGAGCUGGCUCGUCACCCCGACAUGCAGGAGAAAAUAAGGAAAGAGAUCCAAGAUUCCCUUUCAGCUGCUCGUGCGAAUGGCCAACCAGACCUCAAUAUUGGCGAUAUGGAGAAAAUGGAAUACGGACUGGCCUUCAUGAAGGAAGUACUACGCUUGUAUCCAGCUGUGUAUCAGACAUGGUUACAGUCCGCAAAGCCAGAUGUGAUUCCGCUAUCCAAGCCAAUAAUCACCAGUGAUGGACGAAAGAUCGAGGAAAUAUCCAUCGAGAAGGGUCAAAAUGUCCACCUUUCAAUCUUCGCCUACAACAGGAGCUCAGAAAUCUUCGGUGACAAUCCGGAUGAUCUAAUACCGGAAAGAUGGCUUAAUGCUGAUAAACCGAUCUCGAGUAUCUUUGGCGUGUAUUCAAAUCUUGGGAAUUUCAUCGCUGGGUCCCAGGCGUGUCUCGGAUUUCGCUUUGCGACAAUCGAGCUCCAGACAUUCAUGAUCGAAACACUUCGUCAAUUCCGAUUUUCGCUCGCACCACAAUCCGGAAACAUUAUACCUGCUGCUGCGGGUGUACUUGCGCCCGUCGUUGAGGGCGAGAAGGAGAAAGGGAAACAAUUACCGCUAUUGAUAUCCCUUCUGUAAAUGGUUGGGGAAACCAUAUUUUGUAGAGUACGAAGUUUUAGGCAAUAGUAUUGGAUAUCAUAUUCCAACGUUUUAUUGAAUAUUAUAGCAGACCCG